AUGGAACCUCCACAUAUGCUUAUCCCAAGCCCAAUAUUUCAUAAAAGAAACAGAACCAAGUCCCAAUCAGAAGGUGCCUCUAAAGGAGAGCAUGGAAUUGGAAAAAUAAUUCGCUUUUGUCGUGAUAAAGGACAUGGUUUUAUCAAACCUGAUAACAGUGAUGAUUGCCUUUUCGUGCAUGUUUUUGAUAUCGACGGUGAAUACGUGCCUAUCGAAGGAGACGUUGUGGAAUAUCGUAAGAUGCUCAUCCCUCCGAAGAAUGAGAAGUACCAAGCAGUUCACGUUAGAAUAGUCAACCUUAGUUCAGAAAAGCAUAAAACCUGGGAUGAGCCAGCCUAG